AUAGGAAGUUUGAUUGAGACAAGUAUGGAAUCUCCGGAAACACAGAGUUGGAUUUCAAAAAUAACAACUUUAUCAGCAGCAGCCCAUGUUUUGCAGCAGUAGUUGGGGUUUUCUUGAAUAAUACUCAUUCCAGUUUUCAGCUGUAGAAUUAUCAGUGGUCUUCGUCUUCCAUGGAGGUAUUGGCUUCAUCUGUGGGUGCGCUGCUGGCAGAACCCUGCCGAGCACUAUUUAUCUAUCUGCUUGCCAAGCUCAAGAAUCCCUUCCGCUUCCCCGCAAACUUAAGAGAUCUAGACACAGAAAUGGAGGUUCUUAUCCAGCUUAGAGAUCAGUGGAGCCAACAUCUGCAGUUGCUUGCCCAAGCCGGACUGGAAGAACCACCUCAAGUCAGAGACCGGCUGAGACAAGUGCACACAUUGGAAGACCGAGUGCGCUCUUUGAAACAAGACUAUGCCAGAAACUCUGAGCGUUCUUGUUGUUUGCGUUGCAGCAGGUUGUCUGACGAUGUGGUCAUUCUGCUUGGCGAGGCAAAACAACUCAAAAGUGAUUGGGAAAUGCCAGAUGAUACGAAUCCAGAUCCCACAACUGUGAGGACUGAACAUAUGCCGGCUCCAGCUAUUGAAGAUCAAGCAACGGCCUCAAGAAAUAUGGCGAAAGUCAUGGAUUUGUUGCGCAGGGAGGAUGUUCAGAGGAUCGGCAUCUGGGGCAUGGGAGGGGUGGGGAAAACUACCCUCGUGCGGAACAUCAACAACAAACUCGGUGGUUUGGAUUCUUUCAACAUUGUCAUGUGGAUCACGGUGUCUAAUAGAUACCAGGAAGCAGAAUCGGAUCUGAGAAAGAUCCAGAACCUGAUCGCUGAAAGAUUGAAGCUAGAGCUACGUGAAGAAAGCAUGGAGACAAGGACCAGUAAGUUGCGUGCAAGGCUUAUGAUGGAGAAAACUUUUGUCCUCAUUCUUGAUGAUGUUUGGAAUCCAAUUGAUUUGGACCGUCUUGGAAUUCCAGAGCCUCAAGUCCUCAGGGGAGGCAAAAUAAUAUUAACAACAAGAUCUUCUGAUGUUUGUUCGCAGAUGGCUGAUGUCCCACUCAAAAUUGAGGCACUAAAUGAGGAUGAAGCAUGGAGCUUGUUCUGCAAGAGUGCAGGAGACGUAGCAACUUGGGAAGAAAUCGAGCCACUCGCAAAGGCUAUUACUGAAGAAUGUGGUGGACUACCCCUGGCUAUCAAUGUGGUCGGGGCGUCUCUAAAGCGGAAGAGUGUGGUCGAGGUUUGGAAGGAUGCUCUAAACGCACUGCGCAGGUCAGAGCCGCCAAUUGGAAGUGGGCUUGAGGAUAAAGUGUACAAUCCUAUCAAGUGGAGUUAUGAUCUACUGCCCGAUGAAUGCAUGAAAUCUUGUUUUCUGUUUUGUUGCUUGUUCCCGGAAGACUAUCUGAUUGAUAAGAAAAGGCUUGUCAGAUAUUGGUCAGCUGAAGGGCUGCUUAAGGAGCACGACGAUAUUGAGGACGAGAUGAGCCGAGGAAUAACUAUAAUUGAAAUCCUCAAGGACCGCAGCUUAUUAGAGGACGGAAUUCUGUCUGUGAAAAUACAUGAUAUCAUUCGCGAUGUUUCUAUAUGGAUUACAUCUUUGCCGGAAAAUGAGUGCAGAUCCCUUGUUAGGUCAGGAAUAGACCUCGAGGAGAUGAGAGAGGAUGGACUUUCAGUCAACUCUUACAAUAGAGUUUCAUUUAUGUGUAACAGAAUCAGGAAAUUGCCUGGUGCUUCGCAAGAAUGUCCAACAGUAGUAAGUUUGCUACUACAAGAAAAUCAGGAGCUGGAGCAUAUUCCAGACGACUUCCUGCCAGCUUUCAAAUCCCUGAAAAUCUUGGAUUUAACCUACUGCGACCGCAUCAAGUCUUUGCCCCCUUGUCUCGAUCAACUUGGUGAGCUUCGACUUCUUUUUUUAGAAAACUGCAAUGAUCUUGAAACAUUGCCUCCAGUUGGAGGGCUUGCUAAACUCCAAGUGCUAGAUUGCAGCCAUACAAGCAUUGCCGCAUUGCCCCAAGGUAUGGAAAAGUUAACCAGCCUGAGACAAUUGAAUUUGUCAUACAACCCUAGACUAGCAGACAUUCCUGUUGGACUUAUGUCUGGUUUGUCUAACCUAGAGGACCUAGACCUGACUGAUAAUGGGCAAUUGAAGUUUAUUGGAGAGAACGGAGAGAUACUAUCCCAAUUAAGAGAAAUAAUGUCCCUCAAGCGAUUAAGUUGUUUGAACAUUGAGCUGGGCAGCUCUGGCUGCACUCUAGAAACAACUGAUUCUCUUCUCAAUUGGACGAAGAAUCUUAAUCAAUUUAAUUUCUUUUUUGGUGCCACCGGAUAUUCUAGUGGGUUGGGUGUUAGCAAGGGGAAGCAAUUGAUAUUCAAGGAUAUCCACCAAUGGGGAGAACGGAUUGAGUGGUUGUUUGCAAAUACGACUCACAUUCGUUUCGACAGUUGCAAGCGCUUAAAUACCAUGUUUGAGAAAUUAGUAGCAAACAGGGGUGAAGUCGGUUGUUUCAAUACUGUAAAAUUACUUGAGUUCAGUUCAUAUACAGGUAGCUUUAGAGUUGGGAGUAAUGCAAAGUUGGACAUUCUACCAAAUUUGGAGACUGUAUUCCUUUAUGAUGUCACCGAUCUUUCCUGCUUUUCAACUUUAGCGCCUCAACUAGGACUCAAGUUUUCCAAGCUGAGAUCCAUUGAUGUUGACUCAUGCAAACAGUUGAAAUAUUUAAUCUCCAUUGGCACUACAAUACUCUCACUGGAAAAGCUCGAGUAUAUAAGUAUCACAUCCUGUGAGCGAGUGGAAGAAGUGUUCAAUUUUGAUCAGAAUUCGAGCCUUCAGGAUUAUGUCUUCCCGAACCUGAGAACAAUUCCAUUGCGUAAUUGUCCGGCACUGAGGUUUGUGAGUGAGCAGAAUAGAGUAGUAUGCCCACGUUUAGAGGAGGUAUACGUGCGGCUUUGCCCUCUCCUGAAGAAGUUGCCUCUGACAGCCCAAAAUGUUGGCACCAUCAAGACAAUUAGAGGAGAGCAGGAGUGGUGGGAUGAGCUGGAGUGGGAAAAUGAUGGCAUGAGGAACGCCAUAUACCCCUGUUUUAGGCCAUGGUAGAUAUAUUGAGCGUAACUGUGAAUUUCUUCCAAUCUUUCAAUUGUAUAAUCUUUUUUUCAGCAUUUGAUUAAGAUCCCCAUGCAUUUAUACUUGUGAAAUAUAGAAAAUAUGUGUUACAUUCUUUCUGCUCC